AUGAUGACAUCAAGUUCAAGCAAGUAUUCGACUACAGCUGUCGAUGGUUCGGCGUACGAGUUCGGUUCAUCUCCGUCUAUCUCUGCACAGAAGACGCCUGCCCACCAAGCAGAACAAAGGGAAUUUACCAUUCAUCGCAUCAAAUCUUUCAUAUCGGACACUUCGAUGCAUACUAUCGUCGCCAUUCAUGCGCGCAAUGCGAAUGCCAUCGUCGCGGCUCGACAACAUGCUGCAGCCGCCAACAUUGCUUCUUUCGAUGAGGCUUUUGAUAAACACAAUGGGAACAAGAAGUACAAAGAGAACAAUUGA